GGCUCACUCUCCAACUUCUCUCUCUCUAAAAAUAUUAAUUAAUAAAAAAAAUAAAAUUAGUUCCGACUAUGUUUUCCAUUAAAAAAGUAAAAUUUAAUUCAAUGGUAAAUCUUCUUUCCUCGUUCAUUCCCUCUCUUUUGUUAAUUAAAUUCAUUCUCUCCUCUUCGUCCUACUCUUUGUUUUUGUUUUUAGAGAGAGAGAGAAAGAGAGAGAGGAAACCCUAGGUUUACAGAGAGAGAAAGAGAGCAAUGAGGUCGGAGGCGCGGCUCGAUUCGGCGGUGUUCCAGCUGACUCCCACUCGAACGAGAUUUGAGUUGGUAAUCACAGCUAAUGGGAAGUCGGAGAAGCUUGCAUCUGGGUUAUUAAACCCUUUCCUUGCACAUCUGAAGGCUGCGCAAGAACAGAUUGCAAAGGGAGGAUAUUCUAUUACGCUUGAACCAGAUUCACCAAGUGAUGCCUUCUGGUUCACCAAGGGUGCUGUCGAAAGGUUUGUUCGAUUUGUGAGCACACCAGAAAUUCUGGAACGAGUUACUACGAUAGAGUCUGAGAUCUUGCAGAUUGAGGAUGCAAUUACCAUUCAGGGCAAUGAUAACCUUGGUUUGAGCAGUUUGGAAAACCAUCAAACAAAACCUGCCGGAUAUAUUGAAGGCAGCAAGCCUGUGUCUGAUGCUGAUGCGGAAAAGGCAAUAGUUCUUUAUAAGCCUGGGUCACAGCCAAGUCCUCCAGAUUCAAAUGGAUCCGCUGUGCAGGAAGAGAAUUCAAAGGUUCAACUUUUGAGAGUGCUCGAGACCCGCAAGGUUGUGUUACAAAAGGAACAGGGUAUGGCCUUUGCACGUGCUACUGCAGCUGGCUUUGACAUGGAUCACCUGGCAUAUUUAGUAACAUUUUCUGAGUCUUUUGGCGCAUCACGCUUAAAGGAAGCAUGCAUAAGGUUUAUGGAAUUGUGGAGGGUAAAACAUGAAACUGGACAAUGGAUUGAAGUUGAAGCUGCAGAAGCAAUGUCUACACGCUCUGGGUUUUCUCCAUUUAAUAUUUCAGGUAUUGUACUUGCUGGGGAUACAAGAAAACAGAAAGAAUUUGGGGAAGCACCACCACCUGCAUCUGGUGGUGACUUAGGCACAGAAGGCAACGAAAAUGAUGCAGCCACAGAUUACAGCACCAAUAAAAAGCUUCCUCAGGGUUCACCAGGCCAGAACGAGUAUUUUCAAGGUCAAUUACAACAUCCCACAUUCCCACUGUGGGCUAUGCAUCCUCCAUCAGGGCCACCUGUAUUUCAACCAUAUCCCAUGCAGGGCAUGCCUUACUAUCAGAAUUAUCCGGGAAGUGCCCCAUUUUAUCAGCCACCUUAUCCUCCUGUAGAGGAUCCUAGGUUCAGUACCCAUAAGAGAAUAGGCAGAAGGCACUCUAUGACCACUAAAUAUAAUGAUGUAGAUUCAGAAAGUUGCAAAGAUGAUGCAGAUCAAAGUUUAUCAGAGUCUGAGAAAGAAGCAUCUCAUGGUCGUAAAUCAUAUAAAAGGGUUGGUCGAUUAGGGAAAAAGAAUCCUGGUGUAGUUGUCAUUGAGAACAUAAAUGUCAAAUCAAAGAAACAUGAAAAGUCAGGUGAUGAAUCAGAGUCAGUUUCUACCACUGAUACUGAAACUGAGGAUUCUCAUUCCGAUGAUGUUGGAAGAAAGCAUAAGAAAUCAUCCAGGUCAUCAAAAAAGAACGAAGAUCGUAAAAAAUCUCCAGAAUAUAAUUCAUAUGGCCAGGAUGAAGUAGUUUAUGGUAAUGAUGCAGACUCUGGAAACUGGCAAGCAUUUCAAAGUUUCUUAUUAAGAGCUGAAGAAAAGAUGACAACCACUGUUGAUGGAGACAUGUUUACUGGUGAGAAAGAGCCUAAAAUAAAGAGUAAACAGAACUUAAGUGAAGCGGAACCUUCCCUUACUCCUGAGCGAGAUUCUGGUAUUACUAGUGAAGCAAGGAUCGUUGAAUUUGAUUCAAUGAAUGGGAAGGGAAGUCGAGCAAGGAAGGUGACUUCAAAUGACGAAUUGCUAACCUCAAGCGAAGGUAGAGCUUUCAGGGAAGGCCAUCUUGAUGCUCAGUUCCUAGAAGUAGAAGGUGGAGGUGGAGGAUACCGAAGGGUGACUUGUGAUGAUUUCAUGAUCUAUGGGCAAGGAAACCAAAUAAGCAGUAUGAGUUCUUCGGACCCAUUUUCUGAACAUGGGUAUGAGCAUUCUGGCAAUUUGGGGAAGAGCUCAUAUGUUGCAACUGAUGAGUCCUUCAUUGUUCCCAUUAGGUCAGGUUCUCAGGGUCAACCUGAAAUGGACAAUAGAUCUGCUAUUGACAUGGAUUUGGAGUUCCCCUCAUCUCUUGAAAGAAAAGAUUCCUCCAACAAUGGAAAUAACCAGCUCAACUAUGAACCGUCCGAUCUCAUUAUGAUGCCUGAGCGUGCAAUUGAGAGUGAAUAUGUUGGUUAUGAUCCAGCUAUAGAUUACGAUAUGGAGGUACCUGUUGGAGUUGCUGCCAAGCAAGAAACCAGAGACCAAGAAGAUGUCUCAACAAGCACCAAAGAGGAAUUGAAAAAAUCUAAUAAGGAGAAGAAGCUUAAAGCUCCACAGAGUGCACUGGAGAAAAGAAAGAAAGAUGCACUGAUGAGGAGAGGAACACCCUUGAUGUCAAGCCCCUUAACUGAAGCACAAAAACGUGCAGAGAAGCUACGAGCCUACAAAGUUGAUCUUCAGAGAGCAAAGAAGGCAAAUGAAGAAGAAGAGAGGAAACGCUUGGAGGCUUUGAAAAUAGAAAGACAGAAUAGAAUAGCUGCAAGAACCACUUCAAAUUCUGUUCAUUCACCAUUAGCUGCAAAGAAGAUUGCAUUGUCAACAAAGGUUUCACCAAGCUCUUUCAAAGGAUCAAAAUUCAGUGAUGCAGAGCCAGGAUUAAAGUCACCUAUUCAAAAGCUGCCUAUCAGGAGCAGUUCAAUAGGGUCUAAUGAUUUUCAGAAAACCGCUAAAACCAGUAGAUCAAUUGUCAGUGCUAAUGGGUUAACCAAAUCAGUAUCAUCAUUGCCUGAGUUAAAGAAAGAAAUCAAUGAUAUCACAUCCGAAGCAAAAGCAGUUGCUCCUCAUACUAAAAGACUUUCUGAUCCCAAUGUGAGAAGUGUGCAGCAUGCCCCACAGACAUCAGUAGCUACUGAUCAGAUGCCAAAAAGAAACUUUGCCAAUGGGUCUCAAAUGAAAAAGAUCUCUGCGAUAGUGCAGCUGGAUAAAACCAAGUCAGCAACUCUACCAGAGUUGAAGAUUAGGACAUCGAGAGGCCCUUCUGGAGCAGUCCAGAGUCAGGCCAUCACAAAAGAGUUAACGCAGCAAGAGUUUGGAAAUGUCCGAGAAAACAAGACCAAUGAUAAUCCCCCAAGGGUUGGUAACACUGAUGACAAUCCACUAAUUGAGAAGACUGUUGUGAUACUUAAAGAGGAAAGGAUCAGUAGUCCUGCCCUUCCAGUAUCUGAAGAUAUGGGAGGGACAACUGAUGAUGCAAAGUUGCAGGCUGGGCCUGAUUCAGAACAUGCAGCUAAUCGUGCUCCACCUUUGCCUAUUAUUAUGAGGGAACUUGAGGAUCCAAAUCAACAUAAGCCGAAUGAACAGGUGGAUUGCGAUAAGGUAGUAAAUGGUUCUAAAAAAGACAAAUUCCAGAAUAUCUCGCAGUCUCUCAGUGGAAACUAUUAUCAAGCUCCGUUUGCCAGAGCAACAUCAGUGGAUGAUCCUGAUACCAGUAAUCUUGAACGCACUGGAGCACUGAAUAUGCAGUCAGAAUUAACUUCAAAUAGCAAGGAAUCCAUUAAGGUAUGUGUAUCUGAUUUUUCAGAUUCAUGUUUGAUAGAUCAAGCCAAUGGAUCAGUUGAGAGGCCUCGGAACAAAGAACCCAAAGGUUUCAGGAAGCUAUUGAAAUUUGGGAAAAAGAGUCACAUCUCAGCUUUAGGUGAGGGUAAUGUGGAUUCAUAUGGAUCAGCUGCUAAUGAGACAGAGGUGGCGUCUUCUAAUGAUGUUCACAUCCUGAAGAAUCUUAUUUCUCAAGAUGGUGCUCAUUCUGGAGGCACUCCACCUAAAGUUCAUCGUCCCUUUUCCAUUCUUUCACCUUUCCGCAGCAGCAAGAGCAGUGAGAAGAAGCUGGCAGCAGGAGUUUGAGGGAACCAAAUUUAACAUUGUCAGAGAGUUGUGUAUGAGUUUUGGAACGAGAAAGAUGCUGUCGAGGUUCAGUUGCUCUUUUCCUCCUUUAUUCAUUGUGUUUGUAAACAAUUUUCUGUAAAAGUUGUAUCUGUCCUAAAUAAUUUAAUGUCUAUAUCCUGCGCGCGUUUGUUCGUAAUUAAUUUUGUAGUGUAACUGUCGAUUGAAUUGAUCAGUGAAUGUGACUGGUGACUGCAAUUAGAAAUGUGCAUCUCAAGAGCCAUUUUUCGGUCA